AUGUUCGAGUCUGUCACAUCUUUCUUGGACAACCCCAAUGUCAAUUGGAAGGCCAUCGUGACCUCCCUCUUGGUCGGCAAAUACGCCUUUGAAACCUACAUCAACUACAGACAAUACCAGGUGUACCAACGUACCAAGGCUCCAGCGUCGAUCGAGAAAGAAAUCUCGCCUGAAGUGUUUCACAAAGCCCAGGCUUACUCUCGUUCGAAGGCCAAGUUCACUUUUGUCUCUGAUGCUGUCGAGUUGUUGAAGGAGUUGGCCGUCGUGAAGUUUGAUGUGUUGCCUCGCCUCUGGUCUGUCGCUGGCUGUCUUUCUGCUCGUUUGGGUGGUGUCAAGUUCAUUGGUGCUUUGUUUGGUACUAGUAUCAUGCUGCAGAGCAUUGUCUUUUACGCUAUCAACACAAUUCUUUCCUCCUUGGAGGACUUGCCCUUGUCCUACUACAAAACCUUUGUUCUUGAGGAGAAGUGGGGCUUCAACAAGAUGACCCUCAGCACCUUCGUCAAGGAUUCCUUGAAGACCCUCACGCUCGGCUUGACCAUCAGCACGCCGUUCAUCUACUUGUUCUUGAGAAUUGUCGACGCCUACGGCCCUGGCUUUGUCAAGUACGCCAUGGGCUUGACCUUGGCUGCGCUGUUGAUUAUCAUGACUAUUUUCCCCACCUUCAUUCUUCCCCUUUUCUACAAAAUGACGCCUUUGGAAGAAGGCGAGUUGAGAACCGAGAUCGAGGCCUUGGCAAAGAGAAACAACUUCCCGCUCACCCACUUGUACGUGAUGGACGGCUCCACCAGAUCCGCUCACUCUAACGCCAUGUUUGUUGGUUUGCCAUGGAGUAAGAAGAUUUUGCUUUACGACACCUUGAUUGAACAGAGCUCUGUGCCCCAGGUUGUUGCUGUCUUGGCCCACGAGAUUGGCCACUGGAAGUUGAACCACUUGCCCCAGAUGUUGGCUGUGUCGCAAGGUACCGUUGCCCUCACAUUCCUUUUGUUCUCCGCUUUUCUAACCAACAAGUCGCUCUUCCAGUCCUUCAACUUUGCCGCCAAUGCCCCACCAAUCAUUGCAUUCGUCCUUUUCUCCUAUGUGAGCUCCCCAGUGAACUGCGCCAUUCAGUUUUUCAACAACCUCAUCUCCAGAAAGAACGAGUACCAGGCUGACGGCUUUGCCAAGGACCAGGGCUACCUGGACUUGUUGGCCACCUCAUUGAUCACCAUGUCCACCGAGAACUUGAGCUCGAUGAACACCGACUGGUUGUUCUCGUCCUACAACCAUUCCCACCCCAUCUUGGCCGACAGAUUAAGCGCUCUCGGUUACAAGUCACAGGCUAAAGUGGGUAACCUCAAGUUGGAUAUCGAGAAGGACGAAAAAGCCGAAAAGGCCGAUUGA